GCAGCGCUUCUCGCACAUGUGCAGUGGGCACCCGACUGUCAGCCGUGUGCUCACACUAAAGGGUGGACAACUCCGCGGAAGUGGGAGCAGAUACCUGUUCACAGUCUCUGGUCAUCUCCUUACUGUCUGCAGUCUCUGGUCAUCUCCUGUACUGUAUCCGCAGUCUCUGGUCAUCCCUGUGCUGUGUCCGCAGUCUCUGGUCAUCUCCUGUACUGUGUCCGCAGUCUCUGGUCAUCCCCUGUACUGUGUCCGCAGUCUCUGGUCAUCCCCUGUACUGUGUCCGCAGUCUCUGGUCAUCUCCUGUACUAUGUCCGCAGUCUCUGGUCAUCUCCUGUACUAUGUCCGCAGUCUCUGGUCAUCUCCUGUACUGUCCACAGUCUCUGGUCAUCUCUUGUACUGUCCACAGUCUCUGGUCAUCUCCUGUAUUAUGUCCGCAGUCUCUGGUCCCGCAUCUCCUGUACUAUGUCUGCAGUCUCUGGUCAUCUCCUGUACUAUGUCCGCAGUCUCUGGUCAUCUCCUGUACUAUGUCCGCAGUCUCUGGUCAUCUCCU